GAGGAAGGGUCCGCGUCCGUGGUCAGCUCGUCUCCGUGGGUUUCCGCCCGGGCGGCACCCGCCAUGAGCAGCGCCCCCGCGGCCGCCGCGCGGCCCGUGGCCUCGGCCGCGGCGCCCGCAGGCCGGCCGCCGCGCCGAGCCGCGGGCUCUGCCGCCGCGGGCCCGCGGCAGAGCCCGUGGCCCGCGCGCGGUGCCGUGGCUCCGAGGCUCCCGCCGUGCCGCCGGCCGCCCCCGCAGCCGCGGAGCGCGGCUCGCGGCGGGCAGGCCGGCGCGGCGCGCCGCGUGGUGGCCCGCGGCUGCGCCGCCGCCGCCGCCGCCGGCGCGGUAGCGCCCUGGGCCGCGGCGCGCAGCCGCGGGCGCGGCACGGCGCGCCGCGCAGCGGCGGGCGGCGGCGCGGGCGAGCUGUACAGCACGCUGGACCUCGUGGCGCUCUCCGUGGGCUGCACCGUGGGCAGCGGCGUCUUCUCGCUCGUAGGGCGCGUGGCGUCGCAGGACGCCGGGCCGGGCGUGGUGCUGUCGCUGGCGGUGGGCGCGCUGGGCUGCCUGCUGAGCGCCGCGGCCUACGCGGAGCUCUCAUCGCGCGUAACGGCGCCGGGGUCGGUGUACGCGUACGUGCGCGCGGCCCGUCUCGGGCGGCCGUGUAUGGCGGCGGCUGCCGCCUGCCUCACGCUGGAGUACGCGGUGAGCUGCGCGGCGGUGGCGGUGGACUGGUCGGUGAAGCUGUCCAGGGAGCUCGGGCUGGAGCUCUCGGGGCCUGGUGCCCCCGCGGCGCUGCUCGCCGCUGGCUGCACGCUGCUGCUCGCUGCAGGGGCAAGUCCGUCGCGGGCGUUCACCAACGCCGCCACCGCCGCGAAGGUCGCCCUCGUGCUGUACCUCGUGGCUGUGGCGCUCACGGCGUUCGAUCCCAGCAACCUGCAGCCGCUGGUGCCCCCCGAGCGCGGCCCAGAGGGCGUGCUCAGGGGUGCAGUUUCUUGCUUCUUCGCGUUCAUCGGGUUCGACGAGGUCUGCUGCCUGUCCGGUGAGGCCCGCGACCCGUCGCGAUCAGUGCCGCUGGCGCUGCUGCUGGGCAUCGUCUGCACCACCGCGCUGACCGGGGUGGCGGCGCUCGCGCUGGUGGCAGCGGUGCCUGCUGCAUCUAUUGACCCCGACGCUGGCUUCGCAUCGGCUUUCGAGCAGCUUGGCUAUUGGGGAGCAGGCAGUGCAAGCCGCCUGCUGCGCGCGGCGGCGGCGGACGGGCUCGCGCCAGCGUGGCUGGCCGCCGCGGACGAGCGCGGGCAGCCGCUGGCCGCCACGCUGGCGGGCGGCGCGCUGGCGGUGGCCUCCGCCGCCGCGCUGCCCUUCGACAGACCGUGGUGGAAUCAUGCAGAGGCGCGGCAGUGUGCGAAGUGCAAGCUCGGCAAGGGACUGGUCUUCCAUGGCGUGCGCCAGCCCUCGGCCCCCUCCCAGCGGAGGAAGGGUCAUCAGGGCGGCGGCGGCAACGGUUACUGGGAUGACUCCGUCAGGGUGGCCCAGCUCAAGUCCGAGCUCGCAGAGGCCCGCAAGCGGCUGGCUGCGGUGCAGAGGCCGCCGCCUGGCGGGGAGGACGUGCAGAUGGAGCCGGCCGCGGACGGGGACGGCCCCGAGUCUGUCGCCAAGGACAGGCUGCGCGAGGUCGGCGACCUCAUCGGCAAGCUCAAGGGCAUCUCCGAGCCGUCGGUCGUGGCCACGCGCGACAAGCUGCUGGCAGAGCAGGCCGAGCUGCGAGCCAAGGUGGCGGAGUCCCGACCGCUCGGGCAGCGACUGCGCGAGAUGGGAGCUCAGUUCACCAGGCUGCAGAAGCUGCGCGACGACCAGCAGACCAAGCUCGAUGGGCUGCAGGCGCAGAUGCGCGACCUGCAGGAGAAGGAACGGCUCACUCGCGACAAGCUGGCGGCCAUCGAUGCAAGCAUGGAGGAGCUGGACCAGGAGCGCAAGAAGCUUCAAGGACAGGUUCCGACGCCAGGCGACAAGGCGUCGCUCGAUGAGCCGAUCAAGGGGGUUGGUGCCACGCUCGAGGGCCUGGGGAUCCUGCUUCAGAGCCUGGGCGCCGAUCACCAGCUGUCGGGCAGCCUCACGGCGAGCUUCCAGGAGUUGCAGAGGUUGCAGGAGGAGGAGGCGGCGAAGUUGGCAGCCCAGAAGGCGCAGGCCGAUGCUGGGGCCGAGGCUGGGGCCAACGUCGAGCAGGCCGAGCGGCAGGUCGAUGCUGCAGCGCCACGCACACCACAGCCAACGGCCUUCUCCGACGUCCCCGAUUUCAUGGAGGAGGUCGUCGCCGCUGGUGGCGAGAAGCACAGGCUGGAGGAGAUCUUCAUGCGUUGGGGUGCCAAGGUCAAGAAGCCUAGUAUUACCACCGUGAACGUGUCCUCGGGCGGCCCGCUCGUCGAUUUCCUGCCCACGUGCUCGAGCUUAUGCAUCGCGGUGCAGGAACAUCAUGCCAAGGCCGAGGGCGAUGCCUUGGCGAAGUUGCAGAAUAAGGUAAGAGCUGCUGGGUACCAUGGCAUUUGGGAGCCCGCUUUACCUGGGCAGGGAGUUGGCAGCAGAGGCGGGGUUGCGGUGCUGGCCCCUUUGCGGGUGGUCAUCACCAAACCCCCAGGCCUGGACAGUCACGUGCUGCAGGAAGGCAGGAUGAUGGCGGCCCAUGUCCACGCGGGGGUGAAGGGCGGCUUCGUCAUGCUGUCGUGCUAUUUCAUUGUGGACGUGAAGCUGUCGCCUGAGAACCUGGCCAUGCUGUACAAGCUGUACCAGUGUGUCAGGUCGCUGGAGGCCAUGGGCGUACCGUGGAUCGUCGGAGGCGACUUCAACAUGGAGGUAGGCGAGCUCGGCCCGUUGUCCUGGCUCCAGUCGGCCAAUGGCGUGGUGCUGGCGCCGAGAGAGCCAACUUGUCUUCAGAGCCUUCCUGGCCGCACCAUUGACAUGUUCAUGGUAUCUUGUCGUCUACUGCCUCGCGUUCGGCAACCAGUGGUCGUCGACGCGGAGACGUGGCCGCAUCUUCCCGUGACCAUGGAGCUCUCCGCCACGCAUUUCGACGCGAAGGUCAGGAGGCUAGUCGAGCCACGCGGCAUUCGUAGGCCGCCUGCGGCAGGGUGCGCGAGGUUCCCCCCCGACUGGGACCCGAUCUUGGCGAUCAUCCAGAGCGCGUCGGACAGCGAGGGCAUCACCAGGGCCUGGGACGUCGUGCUCAGCGGCAUCGAGUUCGAGCUGCGGGGCCGCUACGACCUCGUGAAUGACGUGGCGGAGUACUCCACGGUGCCAGGCCCCCCAACCUUCGAGCUGGCGAGUUUUCACCCUGUCGUGAAAGGUGCCUGGAGCAGGAGGUCGGCGGACACCCAGGCCUGGGCGCAGGCUGCGCGCUGGGCUCGUCACCUCAGGAGGGUUCGAGUGGCCUUGCAGAGUUUCGUGCUCCAGCUUCGCCCGCAGCAGGUCUUCGAGCUCGGCAGCGUCGGCGAGGCGCACGUCGACGGAGUGCCUGGCCUGGGCGAUGGGGCACCCCCUGCUGCGGAGGACCUAUCGUGGGACGCCGUGCACUCCAAGGCGGCGCGCCACCUGCUGGAGUGCGAGAAUUUCUUCCAGAGAAUCUGGCGGAGGAAGGGAGUCUGGCCGCACCUGGACGCCGAGGCCGUCGGCUUCUUCUCGCGUGGCAUACUUGCCUUAGCGCAGGCAGACUUCGAGCAGCAGGUCGACCGCAUCCUGAGUAUCUCCUCCGAUGCUGAGGCCAAGCAUGAGAAGGCCGUGAUGCAGAGCUGGAGGCAGUGGGCGCAGGCAGCUUUUGUGGCUGGAGCCAAGGGAGCUCACCGAUUCAUGAAGCCCAAG